GGGCCCGAGCGGGCGCUGGGCGGACCCGCGACGGCCAGGCGUGCUCGCCGCCGCCGCCGCCCGCGCCGCCUUUCUCGGAGGGGAUAGUGAGGGAGCCUCCCCGCCCCUCCUCGGCCCCGCCCUUCCCCUUUCCCCUUCCUCCUGUGGGUGGCGGGAGGAGGGGCGCGGGCGCCGCGCGUGCCCGCCGGCCUGGGCUCGCCGCCGUUACGGCCGUUGAGGGAACUCAUGAACCCGCCCUCGGUCGCCCUGCUUCCCAGCCUCCGCCCCCCCCGGAAGGCGGGGCCGGGGCCGAGCGGGCUCGCGGCCGUUACUGGCCGUUGGCUGACCCGCCGCCCGCCCUAUCGGCCCCUCCCUCCCUUCCUCCAGCUGUCCGGCGGCCUGGCUGCUGGGCCGCUGAGGGCGGGGGUCGAGCCGCGGCGGGCCGGGUCGGGCCUCUGGAGGGCAGGCGCGAGACGCGGUGGGGGUGUGUGUGGGGCCAGCGAGGCCCUCCCCGGAGGACUAUGAACGAGGAUGGGAUCACAUGUGUUGGAAGAGAGACUCCAGAUUGGAAAGGAAAGCAGUGGUUAAUGAGAAUUGUGAACAGAAAGGGGAAGACAGAAGGACUGAGUAAUCCAGUUAUGUCUUGGUGGACAGCACAGAUGCAGCAGCCUUCAGGGCCCGUUUGCCGAAUGUGCCUCCAAGAACCAGGAGAUCCUGAAAAGUUAGGGGAGUUUCUGCAAAGAGAUAAUCUCCGUAUCCAUUAUUUCUGUCUUUCUCUCUGUUCUGCUGCCUUUCAGAUCCUGUCCAGUGGGCUGCCCCAGCGGGGCCGGGCCAGUGAUGGCUUCCAUGGAUUCUUACCCGAGGACAUCAAAAAGGAGACAAGCCGUGCUGCUAGGAAGACCUGCUUUGUGUGCAAGAAAAAGGGAGCUGCCAUCUUCUGCCAGAAGGAAAGGUGCCGAAGAAACUUCCAUUUACCUUGUGGCCGAGAGAGAGGCUGCAUCUCACAGUUUUUUGGAGAGUACAAAUCGUUUUGUGAAAAACAUCGCCCAACACAGGACAUUCAACCAGAGAAACGGGCAGAGGAGGACUGCAUCUUGUGUUGUGAAAGCUUAUCUGGAGGAAAUGAUGAUAACAUUCAGAGUCCAUGCUGUAGUCGUAUGAUAUACCACCGAAAGUGCAUACAGAAAUAUGCUCAUUCAUCAGCAAAGCAUUUCUUCAAAUGUCCUCAGUGUAAUAAUCGAGAGGAAUUUCCUAAAGAAAUGUUAAGAAUGGGAAUACAUAUCCCAGACAGAGAUGCUGCCUGGGAACUUGAGCCAGGAGCUUUCUCAGAAUUAUACCAACGCCAUCAACAUUGUGAUGCUCCAAUUUGCCUUUAUAAAGAUGGGAGAGACAACUUUGAGAAUGAAGGGAGGUGGGGCCUCAUUUUGUGUACUACUUGUGGAUCCCAAGGAACCCACAGAAGUUGUUCCUCUCUUAGGAGCAACUCUAAGAAGUGGGAAUGUGCAGAGUGUAUAUCAACAGGUGAAAUCCCUGGUUGCAGUAAAACCAUAAGUCCCAGAAGGCAUUUUUACAGAGAGACUGGGCAAAAUAGUUCCCAGGAAGAAAAUCCAGGGCCUUCCUUAAGAGAAAGACCAGGACCCUCCUUUUUGCAAGAAAGUUCAGAACUCUCCUCUCCAGAAAAGGCAGAACCUUCCUGUUGGGAAAGGAGAAGGUCUACAUGGCGAGCAAAGCAUGUCAAAAUCUCCAAAUGCCGCAAAAAAAAAGAAUAAUAUCUCAUCAGGUGAAGAUACCAAGCACCACCAGGUAGAUCUGGUUUUUUUCCUUAGCAUGUGCUGAGAAAUGGGACUCCUGGGUUCUGGGAAGAGGAUGGAAAACUAGUAAUGAGAAGAGCUGACCAGGAGAUAGGACACCUGGAUUCUGAGAGGAGAGCAGAAUUCGGAGAGAGAGGAGUCUAGGUUCAAAAAUAGGAGCAACCAUAUUCCGUAUAUAGAUUUUUGUCAUAGAAGUUGUGGUCAUCAGAGUACUUCUGAUUUUUUUCUCCCUUACUUUCAGGGCUUUCUUUCUCUUCUCCUCCUACUGUGAUUUCUCCUGAGUCAUUCUGAUCUCAUCUAGUUACCCUCAAUCUUUUCUUACUUCAAAUUCUAUAUG